AUUCAUCAAUUGAAAUAGAUUGAUACACAAAAAAAACAUAAAAAAGAUUAAUUUACGCCUAUUAUUAUUAUUAUUAUUAUUAGAUAAAUAACUGAAUUUGCUCUUUUGUUCUUUAUGGAUCAAUCGAAUAAGAAAACUAUUAAUUCAUCAAAUAUAACUACUACAUUUCAAUCCACUUCAUCAUCAUCUUCAUUACCAAGAACAAUCUAUGCACAUCGUAUAGAAAAUUAUUCACCAAUAACAUUUACAUAUAUUAAAGAAUAUUGUAAUAAUGAAAUUAUAACAUCUAUUUAUACAAUAUGGAAUUUUUUACCAAAAAUUCUCUAUGAACAAUUACAUUAUAUUUCAAAUAUAUUUUUUAUAUUAGUUGCUAUUAUACAUUUAUUUGCUGAUGGUGCUACAUCAAUAUUUGCUAUUAUUGGUCCAUUUUCAUUUGUAUUAUUAGUUACUAUAAUUAAAGAUGCAAUCUAUGAUAUAUUAAGACAUCAACAAGAUAAACAAAUUAAUGAAAAAUUAUUUCCAUUAAUGAAAAUUAAUAUAAAAACAAAUGAAAUUAAAUGGAUAUUAAAAAAAUCAAAAAAUUUACAUGUUGGUGAUGUAAUAUUAUGUAAAAAUAAUGAAGAAUUUCCAUGUGAUUUAAUUAUUUUAGCAACAAGUAAUCAUAAUUGUAAAUGUUAUAUAACUACAUCAAAUUUAGAUGGUGAAAAUACAAUUAAAACAAAUUAUUGUUUAUUAGAUACACAAAAUGUCUAUAAAGAUUAUAUAAAUGAUUCAAUUAAUUAUACAUUAAAUAAUGAUAUAUUGAAAUCAUUAUAUAUCAAAAUUAAUUGUCAACAACCAAAUGAAGAUUUUAAUAAUUUUGAAGGUUGUAUUACAACAAAUUUAAAUGAACAAAUAAAACAACCAUUAACAUUACGUAAUAUAUUAUAUAAAGGUGCAAAGUUAAAAAAUACAAAAUCUAUUAUUGGUUUAGUGAUAUAUACUGGUAAUGAUACAAAAUUAUUAUUAAAUUCUAAAAAAGUCAAACGUAAAUAUAGUUCACGUGAAAGUAAAGCUAAUCAAAUUUUAUUUAUAUUUAUUAUUAUUAUGAUUGUAUUUUGUAUAUUAUUUUCCAUGGUAACAAGAAACUGGUCAAUCAAUAAUUUAAUUAAUCCAUUUAUACCAUUUGAACAUUUUAAAAAUUGGAUACAAAUUAAAGGGGUAUUUCGAUUUUUAUUUAUAUUAAAUUAUAUAAUACCAAUAUCAUUAAUUAUAACAACAGAAAUACAACAAAUUACAUCAGCAUAUUUUAUAUCAGCUGAUAUGAAUUUAUAUGAUAUAGAACAAGAUCAAUCAACUAAAUCAAAUACACCACAAUUAGUUGAUGAAUUAGGACAAGUAAAUUAUUUAUUUAGUGAUAAAACUGGUACAUUAACUAAAAAUGAAAUGAAUUUACAUACAUUAGCUGUAUUAAAUACAGAUAAAGUAUAUGUCUUUAAUGAUAGUACACUUCAAAAUAUCAAUGAUAAUACUAAGAAUAGGAAAAAGGAGAAUACACAGAAAUCAAUUCGAUUAAAAAAAAUUUCACAAAAAAUAAAUAAAUUUGGUUAUAUUGGUGUUGUUUAUGAAGAAUCAAAUGAAUUUCAAUCUGAAUAUUAUAAUGAUAAUUAUGGAUUUAUAUCAUCAUCUGAUUCUGAACUAGAUGAAGAAGAACACAAUGAAAUAGUACCACAUUAUAUAUUGAAUAAAGUAAAUAAAUCUAAAGAAAAUAUUACAUUAGCAAAUGAAUAUCUUAAUUAUACAUCUAAUAACAAUAAUAAUAAUAAUAAUAAUAAAUUACCCAAUGAAUUAUUACAUUGUCUUACAACAUUAGCAUUAUGUCACACAGUAGAAGUUAAUGAAGAGGAUUCAGUAAAACAAAAUAGAACAGACGAAAAUAUAUGUCUGGAAAACUUUUAUCAGGCAACAUCACCAGAUGAAAAAGCACUCGUUAUAGGUGCAGCAAAACUUGGCAUUCUAUUUAUGGGUACAUCACUCAAUGAGAAUAAUUCACAUUCCAGAAUAUAUCGUCUAGAAUAUGAUCAAUGUUUACAAAAUGGUUCUGGUCAAUCAGAAAUUAUGGAAUAUUCCAUUGAUGCUAUUCUAGAAUUUGACUCAUUUCGAAAACGUAUGAGUAUUAUGGCUAAACAUCCUGAUGGAACGUAUCAUAUUCAUAGUAAAGGUGCUGAAUCAAGUAUUUUUGAGAUAAGUAACUUAUCAACUGCGGAUUUUAAACAGUUAGCCAGUAAACAUGUUACACAGUUUGCUAUCAAUGGACUACGUACAUUAGUUUAUGCAAGUCGUCAAGUGGAUUCUAGAGAGUAUUACCAUUUGCUCAAUGAAUUUUAUCAUGCCAAUUCACUAUUUGGCUCUGAACGUAGUGAUGCAUUAAAAAUAAUUUAUUCAAAGAUUGAAUGUAAUUUAACAUUGAUUAGUGUUACUGGAGUUGAAGAUAAACUUCAACCUGGUGUUCAUGAAUGUUUAAAAAACCUCCGUGAUGCUGGAAUUCAAAUUUGGGUAUUAACUGGUGAUAAAGAAGAGACAGCAAUUACUGUUAGUCGUUCUGCUGGACAUUUUACACCAAAUAUGAAUUUAGUACAUUUAACAAAUUGUAAUGAUUUUUUUACUUUUGCAUAUAAAUUAUUUAAUUAUUUAGAAAAAUUAAAAAUUUAUCGUGAAAAAAGAAAUUUAAAAAAGAAAAUAAAAUUAUUAUUUAAAAGACCAAUUAAUUUAAUCAAAAUGAAAACAAACUUAAAGUGUCGUAUGAAAGUUGAGAUUAAUUAUCAAAAUAAUUCUAUUGAUGAAAUUGAUUUAUAUAAUAAUAAUAAUAAACAAUUGUUUACAAGUAGAUCAUUACAACAUAAAUUAGAUCGACCACGUUAUAGACAUUCAAAAAGACCUGGUUCUUCUGGUGAACCAAUGGCUCUUGUAAUAGAUGGUAAAAGUUUACGAUAUGCAUUGCAUCCUACUCUACGAAAAACAUUUUUGGAUUUAUGCUUACAUUUAACUACUGUAUUAUGUUGUCGUAUGACACCAUUACAGAAAGCAUCAGUUGUACAACUUGUACGUUCAGGUUUAUCAGAAUUUGGUACACCUCCGAUCACAGCUGCAAUAGGUGAUGGUGGUAAUGAUGUUGCAAUGCUAUUACAAGCUAAUAUUGGAAUUGGUAUACAUGGUAAAGAAGGAAAAGAAGCUGUGCGGGCUUCGGAUUAUGCCAUUCCACAGUUUAAACAUCUACAACGUCUUCUUUUAGUUCAUGGACAUCGAGCUAAUUAUCGAAUAUGUUUAACAAUGGAUUUAUUCUAUUAUAAAUGUGUUGCAUUUGUAACAACACAAUUACUUUAUACAUUUUAUAGUGGUUUCUCAGCUGUAGCAACAUUUGAAACUGUUUUAUUUUCAAUUUACAAUUUAACUGUAACAUCGUUAAUGUGUUUACUUUUUGGCUUGUUUGAACGUCAUUUACCUGAUGAUAUAUUAAAUGCGAAUCCAUAUCUUUAUAGAAAGCUUAAACAUCAAGCAAACUUGAGAUCAUGGUAUGUUUGUCUAUGGAUAUUAGAUGGAAUAUGGCAUGGUACUAUAAUAUUUUAUGGUACUACUUAUUUUCUUACUGGUGGAAAUCACUUCUCCGAAGGUACAUUUUAUGAUUCACAUGGAAAUAUACAACAAUUAUUUGAUAUGAGUCUUUAUGGAUGUGCAACUUAUUUGUUUGUAUGGUUUUCAGUAAGUCUACGUAUUUUCAUUGCAUCACGCGAUUACACUAUUAUAAUAUUUGGAGGAAUUCUAUUUACUUUGAUUGGGAAUAUAGCAAUAUUAAUUGCAUUACAAAGUACAACAACACUUGACAACAUCAAUUUUCGCAGUUAUACGAAAUUAUGCCGAAGUCCAACAUUCUGGUUUGCUCUACCGCUUAUCUUAUGUAUAGCUAAUUUUCCAUCUUUAUUGUGGAGAAUCAUCUCGGACGCAUGGUGGAAUCUACAAAUUUACUUAAGUAGUAUACCUCAUAAGCAGAUUCGUCGAAAAUAUCGUCGAUCACCAAUGAUCUGGUUUUUGGCAUUAACAACUAAUUACCUGACUGAUUCAUAUGAUAUAUUUCAUCGAAAUGAAAUUAAACAAGAUAGUUCAUAACUUAGGCGAAGCGAAUAGUUCCACAAUACUAUCAGCCGAUGUAUACAAUAAUCAAUCAUCAAAU